AUGCUCUGCAUCACUCCUGUUGUUAACACUGUCAGCAAGGUUCUAGACACUGAUGUUCAAGAAAGCGAAUUUAAACUGGAAAAAGGUGUAGAGAAGAGCUGUGAUGGUCAGAAUGGAAAGAGCCCCUUUGAGAGGAAACUUAAUGAACACAACCUGUUUAGCUCAGCAAACCCACUGUUUGUAACGUGGAAGAUUGGUCGAGAUAAACGAUUACGUGGAUGCAUAGGUACUUUUUCCGCCAUGAACCUGCAUUCAGGACUCAGGGAGUACACACUUACUAGUGCCCUUAAAGAUAGUCGUUUCCCCCCAAUGACGAGGGAUGAGCUGCCACGGCUUUUCUGCUCAGUGUCUCUACUCACUAACUUUGAAGAUGUAUGUGACUACAUGGACUGGGAGGUGGGUGUACAUGGCAUUAGAAUAGAAUUCAUCAAUGAAAAAGGAUCAAAACGCACCGCCACCUACUUACCGGAGGUUGCAAAGGAGCAAGGAUGGGACCACAUUCAAACCAUAGACUCCUUAUUGAGGAAAGGAGGCUACAAAGCUCCCAUUACUAAUGAAUUCAGGAAAACAAUAAAGCUAACCAGGUACCGUAGUGAGAAGAUGACAAUGAGCUACACAGAGUACCUUGCCCAUCGUCAGCAUCAUCACUUCCAAAAUGGUAUUGGGCACCCCCUUCCACCAUACAACCAUUAUUCCUGA